AUGACAGAACAAAAACUGCUUCUCUCACUCGAUCCAAACCGAUCCACAAUCGAAAUGAUUGGAACAGUUACUCAUGAACACGACAAGAUCACACCAAUUCCAUCGGAUCUGCAUGAUCCAUCAUUAGAGCAAUACUUGACGAAACGAGGAAUUUAUGGCAUUAAAACAAUAAUUGCUAGAACUUCCUUUUUGUAUGUUCUUACUGAUUCUGGCCAUUUAUUAGAGUUCUCCCAUAAUACCUCAGAUAUUGUGGAACACAUUCUCGAAUUUGUAGAACCCAACGAGAAGAUUGUGAAUAUCAGUGCCGGAUAUGCCUUAUUACUUGUUGUGUUGCAAGAUCAACACACAUUGAAAACGAGAGUUUUUGGUAAAAAUUCAAGUACAUCACACGGCCAAUUUCAAUAUGCAAAGAACGUGAAACAACAUGCACAAACGGUCAUGUCGCUCACAGCACGAGCCACGACUAGUUGUUCUAGUCCAUGGUACGAAGUUCUUGAUUUCCAACAUGUGCUUGAUGUGGAUGAAUACAUUAUUUUCACGUCAUGUGCUGCUUAUACAGCCACUUUUAUUUCGAACAAGGGGAGGAUUGCAGCAUCUGGAUCAAACCAAUUUGGUGAGUGUGCAAGCGGCAGCGUUUGUUCUUAUCAAGCUGGAGUUAAUCAAACCCAAGUAAUGGAAUGUAAAAUUGAAAAUUGUGAUUCAAAGAAUAGCAAGCCGUUCUUUGUCAGAUCUGUGAAUGGUGACCAUACAAUUGUUGCCUUAACAAGAGACAAUAGAGUUUUCUAUUGUGGUUAUACCUUGAAUAGAGGUUCAGACUUAUCUAUUCUUAGAGAAUUGCCAUCGCCGUUGGACAUCGACGAAUAUUUUAUUGAUAUUGCUUCAUGUUACUAUUCUACCUUAAUUUUAACAAACAAACACAAGUUAUAUUCCGUAGAAUCUCAUAAAAGAAUUUAUUGGACAUGGAAAGAAAACAUUACCCGUUGCAGUAUUUUUGCAUCACCUUCCUUGUUUUUCAUUGUAGUGAAUGAUUCAAAAAUUUUCACAUAUUCACCAGAAUCAAUCACUAAAGAAACCAAUCUCACAGUGAAUACCAAGUUGCACGGAUCCCGUCUAUGCUUAACAGCGAGUGACAACAUUAUCAUGUAUUGGCAAAAGCAUGAAGAGUCCAAAUCCCUCCGAAGAAUGAAAGAAACACUUUUAAAAUCACUGAACAAUGUUUUUUUGCAAGACGUAACAGUGGUGCAAUUGUAA